AGCGAGUGCCGCCUACAGAACGGGUCCCGAUUCCCCCGAAACGAAUACAAGUGUUACUGAAGUCAGCGGUACAACGGAGACGAACGAGGCAGCACAAAAAAGUCUUUCGUCCGAAAUUUGCCUAAGUUACGUUGUGUUCUGUUGACUCGGGAGGAGAGGCGGCUAUUGGAGAUGGAGGCUUGGAAGGCGGAGACAGAAGCUUUGAAGGCGAAGGCAGAAGCUUGGAAGGCGGAGACAGAAGCUUUGAAGGCGGAGAACGAAGCUUUGAAGGCGAGGGCAGAAGCUUUGAAGGCGGAGACAGAAGCUUGGAAGGCGGAGGCAGAAGCUUUGAGGGCGAAGGCAGAAACUUUGAAGGCGGACUUGAGAGAUCGCCAAGUGCAAACACAAUCCAAAGCCAGGGGCAUUUCAGUCGGGGGCUACAAUGGCGAAACAGAACAUCAUUCAUUGAGCAAUCAGCCUGCAUUCAAUGAACUAAAUUCAGAUUUGGAGGGAUCGACAGCUACUCGGAGACUAACCGACGAGCUCUCAGAGGGUUCGUACGACACCCCAACGUGGUCCUCGGCCAAGUCAGGAAGUGGUACUCAGGAUUCUGUUUCCGGCGGUGAAUGCCAAUGCACUGAUGCAACCGGUGCCGGACAUAAGAAUGUGUUGCAAGGUGACAAUUCUUGCAAAGAAUCUUCAUCAAAAAAGUCGCAUUCGGACUUAGGUUCAGUCAUCUCUCGCCCUGAAAUCUCCUCUGGAUUUCCAGAACAAGAGUCAGCUCGGUUCGUCGAAGAUUUGAAGAGAAGUUGUCAAGACUUGUAUCCGACGGAUGACAGUAUACCUAAGAUCCAGAAAAGACUUCUGAACCCACCACCAAGGUUUGAACCUGACUUCGUCCGAUUGGCAGAGGCCUAUAUGGAAACAAUGGAACGCGUUCUUAUUCCAUGGUGCACUGAGUACCUGCACACCCUUAUCGGUCAUGGUUACAUCAUAAGCCAUACGCUCAAGCCCGAGUCACCAAAAGAAAUCCUUUUUAUAACACCCGAACCUGUCAACGAGGUUAAGGCCGACUUCACCCGAGAUCUUAUUAUCAAAGAUCUGUUGCCUCGAUAUUUGAACGACGUGGUUGUCCGCUUUGAGGAAGGUCACCGCGAAAUGCUUGCGCUGACACCUUGCUUGCGUUGUCUGGAGCAUUGUCCUGAAAAGGGAAUCCCCAGCACUGGACAUUAUUUCAUGGUUCCAUCCAAGACAUUGGACCCAGAGCAACUAUGCUCCUCCACGAUUGGCCCGCACUUCUUCCUUGGACAAACCGCUCUGCAACUAGUUUGCCGCCAUGCAAUGUAUUAUGAUAUCACCGAAGGAAAAAUUAUCCGUAGAGAGCCUCGUCGUGACGAUGACAUAAUCGAUAAGCCUCUCAUGCACUUCAAAACUGAAGUGGGAAAAAUUCGGCCAGAGAGUGGCGGCGACCCUUAUCACAGGAACUGGCGGGAAUCUAAGCAUACCCAUUUCGAUGGUAAAACCAAAGGCUUUCCCUACAUGGAUUGGCAACUUGCUUCGAGGGAAGAGUCUGGUCCUCUGAUACCGUAUGGCCAUGAUUGCUCUGGUACGUGUCACUGUAUCACAAAGUACGCCAGACCUCGGCCAGGAUUCAAGGUUCGCUACACUGGAGCAUAUUCUGGCCAGGUAGAGGGCGAGAUAGCUCUGAUGCCCUCCUCAAAAGAAGUCCAAUACACCGGAGAGGAUCCAUCCUCGCUACGUGGCACCAGUGAUCGCAUUUCGAGGAGCAUCUUGGUCUCCUUAUGGGAAAUCGAUACUGACGAACCUUCCAUUGAUCGCCGUGGCGACUCUGGAGCUACAGUCGUUGACAUCGACACUGCCGAGAUGGUUGGAAUAGUGGUGCAACAGUAUAAAAGGAGAAUCCAGUUCAUGGACAUUGUUGACGUCCUCGAAGAUGCCUGCGAGAAACUCAGAUGCGAACUCAAGGAUAUUACAUUCCCUCCACCGAAUUGCAAGAAGGACGAGACAAACCCACUUCAAAAGCCUGUGGCUCGGGUACUAGACGGCCGCUCAACUAACCAAGAGUCUUUAGAGUGUGACGAGGAACGUCGCACUAAAGAUUUUAAAUUACUUUUGCCAUUACUUUUGCAUAGCACCGCAAAACGAGCUACCACUCGCCCAAGUUCAACACCCGAUCAGCUUUCGCUCCUUCAUAAACUUUCACCCUCUCAACGAGUAUUGGAUGGGUGCCAGCCCGAUGAGUUCCGAAUUUCGGAUAGUAGUCCGUUUGCGGACAAACGCCGAUAUUCAGCUGAUGCCGUCGAUCCCGCAAGAACCGCCGAUAUCCCUGAAAGAGAACUCGAGAUAAGCGAUUGCACGAAUCGUUUAAGUCAUGGAGCCAGGGGAAGAGCCAGAUAGUGGGAGAACGAAUGAGAAAAGAAGAGAGGAGUAGGGGAACCGAGAAAAUGCGACUGGCAAUGAGACAUGAGAGAUAUUCACGCAUUUCUCAUGCAUAUAUUACCGACCUAUUCAGAACUAUUUUGAUGUUGAAUAAGCCAAAGUCUGUUG